AUGGACCCCGCCGCACCUCCGCCUCCGCCGCCGCCGACACAACCGGAGACCACUUCCACCAGGCACCACUCGUACAGCCGGAAGCAGAAGUCUCUCGGCCUCUUAUGCUCCAAUUUCAUCUCAUUGUACGACCGCGAAGGCGUCACCUCCGUCGGCCUAGACGACGCCGCUUCAAAAUUAGGAGUUGAGAGGCGGCGGAUCUACGAUAUCGUUAAUGUUCUUGAGAGCGUUGGGGUUCUUGCGCGAAAGGCGAAGAAUCAAUAUUCUUGGAAAGGGUUUGGGGCAAUCCCAGAUACCUUGCAGGAGCUAAAGGAAGCCGGUCUGAAAGAGAACUUCAAUACUUUCCACGGAAAUUUCCAGGGCAGUGAUGAUCCAAAGUGUUCGCAGGGUUCGGAUGAUGAGGAAGGUGAUGAGAGUGGUCCUGCGACCGGGAGUCAGAAUGAGAAUCCCGGUGCAAAUCCAAAAUCUUCAGCAAACUCGAAAAAUGAUAAUAGAAGGGAAAAGUCUCUUGCACUUCUUACACAGAAUUUUGUGAAGCUCUUUGUCUGCUCCACUGUAGAAUCCAUCUCCCUUGAUGAAGCUGCGAAGUUAUUACUUGGGGAUGUACACAAUGCAUCUAUAAUGAGAACUAAAGUAAGGCGGAUUUAUGAUAUUGCAAAUGUUUUGUCCUCCAUGAAUCUGAUUGAAAAGACCCACACAGCAGAUACAAGGAAGCCUGCAUACAAGUGGUUAGGAUUGAGAGGAAAAGAUGCCGCAAGUUCAGCUUCAGACGAGUCUAGAAAAAGAGCUUUUGGAACAGAUAUCACAAAUGUCAGUUCUAAGAGGGGUAAAGGAGAAUCUUCUACUACUGGGAAAUUGGAAGCUCAGAUACAAAAGCAACAUGAGAGUACAGUAAGGCAACGUGAGAGCAUAGUACGUACUGUUGAUAAGAACAAUUCAGAGGAUUCAAGAGAAGGUACAAAGAGCUACCAGUUUGGUCCUUUUGCUCCAGUCACUAUUGCCAGAGCUGGGAAUUUCAACAUGAAGAAAGUUGACUGGGACAAUUUUUCAUCUACUUACCGUCCCCAGUAUCAGAAUCAAGCUGUGAAGGAGCUGUUUUCUCAUUACAUGGAAGCAUGGAAGUCAUGGUACUCUGAAGUUGUUGAGAAGCCAAUCCAAGCUUGA